AUGGACUUCCCCUUCCACAUCAAGGAGCACCUCAUCCCAACCCAGCACGUCCGAGAGUACGCCCGAGCCACGGCGCAUUCGCAGGAAGAUGUCCAUUAUCUAGCCAUCAAGCAGUACACCCCGAAGGACAACCCGUCUCCACAGCCUGGCGACGUGACCAUCAUCGGUGCCCAUGCCAACGGCUUCCCCAAGGAGCUCUACGAGCCGCUGUGGGAGGAGCUGCUCGCCGCCUCCAAGGCCCAGGGCUUCCGUAUCCGUGCCAUAUGGAUCGCCGACGUUGUCAACCAGGGGUACAGCGGCCAGGCCAACGAGCUGACGCUUGGCAAUGACCCAAGCUGGACCGAUCAUGGCCGCGAUCUGCUGCACAUGACCAACGUCUUCCGCAAGGAGAUGCCGCGCCCCCUCAUAGGCGUCGGACACUCCUUCGGAGCCAACUGUCUCACUCAUCUGUCGCUACUACACCCGCGGUUGCUGACGACUCUGGUGCUCUUUGACGCCACCAUCACGAAUUUCGGGUUCAAGACUGCCGGUCCCGGCAUCUCCCCGGCGAAGGGCUCCGCCUUCCGCCGAGAGACCUGGCCCUCGGCGGCCGAAGCCGCCGAGUCGUUCCGGCGCUCCCCGUUCUACAAGUCCUGGGACCCGAGGGUGCUGGAGGCGUGGAUCAAGCACGGGAUCCGGCCGGUCCCCACGGCGCUGUUCCCCAACGAGAAGGAGGGCACCGUGACGCUGCGGACGACCAAGCACCAGGAGCUCUUCACCUUCUUCCGGCCGCUGUACCUGUUCACCAAGCCGGACGGGUCCGUCGACCUGCUCCAGGUGCCCGACUUCGACCCCAGCGCCCACGAGGACUUCAACCCCAAGGCCGCCUUCCCCUUCUACCGGGCCGAGGGCCCGCGCAUCCUGCGCAAGCUGCCCGAGGUCCGGCCCUCGGUGCUCUUCGUCGCCGGCGGCACCAGCGACCUCAGCACGCCCGAGAAGCGCCGGCUGCGCCUCGAGACGUGCGGCACGGGGCCCGACGGCAGCGGGGGUGCCCGCGCCGGCCGCGUCGCCGAGGUGCUCAUGGAGGGCCGCGGCCACCUGUUCCCCAUGGAGGUGCCCGGCGAGAGCGCGGGCCACGCCGCCGCCUGGAUCGGCGCCGAGAUGGCGCGCUGGCGCCGCGAGCAGGCCGAGUACGACGACUGGGCCGCCCAAAAGACCCUCCGCGAGAAGAGCACCAUGGACGACGAGUGGAUGAAGAGGCUGGGCAAGCCGCCCGAGAGGCGGAAGGGCGGCGCCGCCAACGGCGCUGGCGGCGCCAAGCUGUAG